GCCGAUAAAAAGUUGAAAAUUUUACACUGUCGGUGAGAAUAAAUCGGAAAGCGUCGUGACUCGUGACGACCGAAACUGAGUAGAUUCAGUGACGGCAAAGGAUAAUUGCUUUUCCGUGUCUGGAUUUGGUCUACUGCAGUGACUGGUCAAUGCCAAAAGUCUACUCAAAUGGCCGAGUCCGCCUGCAUAAAUCCGCCACCAGUUCCCCGCCUCGUCUCAUCGCCCUCUCCACCUCCAUCCCUCGCCGUGCAAAGAGAACCGGCAGAGGCAUGGGGAAUUGCUUCGCCUCUUCUCCGAAGCGACAAGGCGAUACCAGCUCGUUGAGGCCAGGGCAGUCAACCUCGAAGAUCAGCAGCGGCAGCGCCGCCACCGCCACCACCGGGAGUCUGUCCGACUUAAGCAGCAGCAUCUUUGGGCUGUCCCCCGUGAGCAAUGCGAGCGCAGACGAGACCUUUGAGGGUCGGAUCCUGGAAGUCCCCAACCUGCGGGUAUUCACCUGCUCCGAGCUGCGGUGCGCGACGAGGAACUUUAAAUUCGAGAAUAUCCUCGGCGAAGGCGGAUUCGGGAGGGUCUACAAGGGCGUGGUGGAGGAGAAGACUCUGAAUCCUUCCAAGAGUGGGACGGGGAUGGUUGUGGCAGUCAAGAAAUUAAACCCUGAGAGCAUGCAAGGCCUGGAGGAGUGGCAGUCGGAAGUAAAUUUCCUAGGAAGGCUUUCUCAUCCGAACCUUGUCAAGCUCAUGGGUUACUGCUCGGAAGACAAGGAGCUUCUUCUUGUGUAUGAGUACCUGUCUAGGGGCAGCUUGGAAAACCAUCUCUUUAGAAGAGGUGCUACUUUUGAGUCGCUUUCUUGGAAUACAAGGCUAAAAAUAGCCAUUGGUGCAGCUCGAGGUCUUGCAUUCUUGCAUUCUUCAAAAAGGCAGGUCAUCUACCGGGAUUUCAAGGCUUCCAACAUCCUCCUCGAUGUGAACUAUAACGCAAAGCUCUCCGACUUCGGUCUGGCGAAGCAUGGGCCGAUGGGUGGAGAUUCGCAUGUCACUACGAGAGUCAUGGGCACGAACGGCUAUGCCGCUCCCGAGUAUGUUGCGACCGGGCACCUAUAUGUGAAAAGUGAUGUGUAUGGAUUUGGAGUUGUCUUACUGGAGAUGCUCACCGGCCAGAGGGCACUCGACUCCAACCGGCCAAGUGGGCAACACAAAUUGGUGGAUUGGGCAAUGCCGAUGUUGGGCGACCGGAGAAAGUUGGCACGACUGAUGGAUCACCGACUAGAGGGGCAAUACUCUUCCAAGGGCGCCUACCAAGCAACUCAAUUGACGGUGAAUUGCCUCGCCGGUGAACCGAAAAGCCGCCCAUCGAUGAAGCAAGUUGUUGAGACGCUGGAGAACAUUGAAGCCAUGAAAACAAGGUCGAGAAAUGUUUCUCCUCAAUCCAUGGCACGCAACCAUGAUCACGCACCGAUGCAUGGCAACUUGGCUCUUCAUCUAGGGCAUGAGACUCCUGCCCGCUGCGGUAUGAAAACUGCCCGACAAACUUGUAGAACAGCUACACGAUGACUCUACAGAGAAAUGGGCAUGCUUGUAUAAAGGUAUUGCUAUUUUUGCAUCUUGUAUUUUGAAAUGUGUUCUAGGGUAUAUAGGUUGAGUAAAUACUAAUGAUAUAUUAUUGAAUUAC